AGGAGAGACAGGAAACAGGAGGGGCAAACCCUGCGACUCCCCAGGCUGGGAGCCCUGGCCCCGCCCAUACCCCAGAGGCCACACCCCUCUCCCCGCCUCCGGGAGGAAGCGCCCCAGGGGCUUUGGGACCAGAAAGGGUCAAGUUUAUGCCUCCUGGGGCUGUACUGUCCGUACCCAGGUGAGGGCGGGGCAGGGCCCUGGGGAAUUUGCUGGAAAUUUUUAUUCGAGGUUAGAUCCUGAAGACCCAGCGUGACACUCAGAGGGGUCCUGACCCUCAACCGCUCAAAAAUUCGUCAGAGGUCGGGACCAAAAACCCAGGGAGUGGCUCUGCCUAGGGAGUCAUUUUGUCUGCAGCCCGAUUUCCUUGGCCCCCAUGUGCUUCUGGCUGUCACUGUCCAUUUCAGUGCCCGCAGCCGAUCCCCUGAAAGACUAGAGAAGGCAUGUGGUCCAGGCAGCUCCUCCUCUACCUUACCAGGGACCUAGAGAGCCCCUUCCUACCACACCUCUACCCAGGCUUCCCCUAGACACACACUCACAGAUACUGGGUCCUGGUGGGUGGGGACGGGAGGGUGUUUGCCACUGGCCACGAAGGUGGCUGCUGGUAACCUGGGGAGGUAAUCUCCCCAGUCUGUCUGCUAACUUCCACAACCCCUCGCUCAUUCCCAUCUCCAAGCCUCUGCUCCCGCUAUUCUUUUGCCUGGAAUCCCUGAAAAUGCGUCUCUACUUGUCCCAAUCACAUUCAUACCUUAAAGCCCAUCUGGAGCCCCACCUCCUCCAGUAAGCUUUCCUUGGUUCCACUUCCGUGCACAGAUCUUUCUGUCUGUGAAUGCCCAUUAUCAUCUACCCUGGCCAUGAAAUGGCACUUUGCUAACUAAUGUCUCACGUGCCCUGAGUUUCAUGUGUGUUAUGUAGGGUUUUCCAAAUAGGCUGCAGCCCCAUGAAAUCUGGGGCUGGUCUUCAUUGUCCCUCCCAUGCCUGCACACAAGGACUAGACCUAACCAAUGUCUGCUAACACUUGCAACCACCCAGAGCUCAGUGGGGCACUGGACAGAGCUCAUCCUCUGCCUCUUACCUGAAGGUGUGAGUCACCUAGGGCACCCCACCUCCUGGUGGGUCCUUCUAGCAGGGACACUUUGGAGGUUCUGGGGGACGGGGACAAGGGCAGACACCUCUAGCUUUGUGUAAAGCUCGGAGCUCUCAACUCUUGGGGAGGCCUUUGAGGGGGAAGAAAGACAGCACAGGAUGUGGAUGGGCACAGUGGGCACACUUGGCAUUUGUGAGGGGGUGGUCUUGGUGGUGGGCGAGACUGAAGGAGUUGGUCAGGGCAAGGAAGGGAUCUGGUGGUACUCAGGGGAGGGUCACUCAAGUCGACAGAGCUUCCUGGGCCACCCCAGGCCCAGGGCCUCGCCCCGCAGCCCUCUCUUUGGAAGGCAUCCUUACCCACACAGAGACAGCAGAUAUACAGUGCAUACGUGUCCCCUGGGGCGCAAGCACCGAUGCAAAGGCCAGAGGAACAAGGAGUCACAUGAAUUUGCACCCACAGGCACAACUCAAUCACAAUUCUGCCCACUCACAAGGCCCUCACCAGCAGACUGCUUUUACAGGGGCGACCCCAAGUGUGCCCCCACCCCCGGGGUGGGGGCUGCCUUCAGACCAGAAAGCAGAGGCGCCAGUGUGGGUGUCCCAGGGUCAGGACUCCCAUCUCACAAAGGCCAGGAUCGUCAGGGCUCAGCCCCAGAAGGGCGCUCAGUAAGAGCCACGCCGCCCGCCGGCUCCUGCUUCCUGCCCGGGGAGGGCAGGAGGGCCCCGAUUUCAGCGGGCAGGGCGCCCUCCUACCCGGCUCGACGCAGCCGAUCGGCCCAGGCCGCGCUCCGGGCAGGCCGCGCGCGUGUCCGCCCGGAGCCGGAGUCCCCCCUGCCGUCCCCCCAUCUCUCCUUCCCUCGCCGAAGCACCACCAGCACCAAAUGGCAAAGCGCCUCUCCCCGCGCGCGCGGAGAGAUGCGCAGCGGCCGCCGGGACGGGCUCGGCGGCCUCCCCCACUCCACGGCGCCCGAGCGCGGGUUGGGGGGGGGCGGCCGGCGCUGGGGGUGGGUGGGGGUGGGCACGGCCCGGCCCGCGGCCGCCCUCCCUCGCCCUCGCCCGCCCGGGGAACCGGGCAGCGGCGGGAGCCGGCUCGGGCAUGCGCACUGCCGCCUCCCUCGCGGUGAAGCUGACACCAGGAGAAGGUGCUGGUGGCUAGCACCCCAGCCCUCACCCCAGGAAGCUAAGCUCUGCUACGGGGCUCUGACCAGGGGGUUGGAGGGAGUCCUGCGAACCACUGCAUUCUGAAGCCGGAGACAUCACCUGAGUCAAGAAAACUGAUACCAAAAAAAGAAAAAAAAAAAAUCAUCCAUACUUCCUUAAAGGACUUUUUGGGAAAUUAACCCAAGUGGUAGCAGGCAGUGGAAUGUACAGAUAAAAUGUCCAGGGGAGUCACCCAGGGCCCGGUCUCUGGACCUCUGUAACUCCUUUAGGAGGGAAGGGUGAGCCCUGCUCACAGGGUCUGAAAGGGCCCCCUCUCCUCUUAACGCUAAGGUGCCACUCUGCCCUGGUGUCCCCUGGGCCGGGGGGUGGGGCUGCCUUCCUGCCGUAAUGCCCUUCAUGUGCCCACUGUGUCCAGCAUCAUUUAAAGGCCAAGACUCCCCUCAACUCCUGCACCCUCAGCCCCACAAGGCUCUGUGCAUCCCUCUUCCACAGCCAUCUCCCAACCCAAGUCCUUCUCUGUGUGGUCUGUCAUAGGAAAGUGUCCAACACACUCAGCCAUUUCUGUGAACAUCUGUUUUGCCUUCUGUGGCAGAAGCCACUGAGGAACCACUCCCCCUGAAACUUUCUGUGCAGGGCAGUGGUUUCCCAGAGUCCACCUUGCCACUAGCCUCCAGGUGGGGUAGGCACCCUCCUUGCCCCUUGCUGUGGCUGCUUCCAGACCCCUGGCUUUGCAUCUUACCUCCAUGGCGCCUUUUUUUCUGGAGCAUCCUAGCUCCUGGCUCACAGCCAUUCCCUCUGUCACCCCUGACCUCUUCCUGCUGCUUUCCCAGGUUCUCAUGGACAGUCCCUCCCACACGUCAGGGCUCUGGGUUCCUCAGCCGCCUCUCCUCCAGCAAUCCUCUGCCCUCCCUCAGUCACUCACGCCAGCUUCACCUCUUGCAUCCUUGUCAUUCCAGCCCCACCACCAAUCUCAGGCUUAAGCACCCCACUCUCUGACCACCAUCUCCCUGUCCAGCUCCCUGACCUCCAAAGCCUGUGAUGCCACUGGAACCACUGGUCCGUUUCUCUGACCUGCAUCCCUCAUUACAAACGCACCAUCUUACACUUACUCUUUCUUAUUUUUAGCUAUAGUAAAACAUACCGCUAUGGUUUUUCCAGUAGUCAUGUACAGAUGUGAGAGUUGGACCAUAAAGAAGGCUGAGUGCCUAAGAAUUGAUGCUUUCCAACUGUGG